AUGGACAAACCUCUCACAUUGCGUCGGGUCUGCUUUCCUCGUCUCUGCAAAGCUCCCCUACCUCGGCCACGGUUCUAUCACCCGCAUUUGAUUCUCUUACCCCGAUCGCCCCCGUCCACUUUUACUUUUAAAUCCCUCUUCCCCAGAUCUGGUUUCCGCAGAUCAUUUUCUUCACACACAAUGGGUUUCCAACAAAAGCACAAGAUCACUGUCGUCGGCUCUGGUAACUGGGGCUGCGCCAUCGCUAAGAUUGUUGCCGAAAAUGCGGCAGCCAACCCCGAGCUCUUCGAGGAGAAGGUAGAGAUGUGGGUGUACGAGGAGAACGUCGAGAUCCCGCAAACAUCCAAGAACUACAACGCCUCAGAUGCCGGUCCCCAGAAGUUGACCGAGGUGAUUAACAGCGUUCACGAGAACGUCAAAUACCUGCCAGGAAUUCAAUUGCCCGUCAACCUUCACGCCAACCCCUCUCUGGAGGACGCUGUCAAGGACAGCACUCUGCUUGUCUUCAACCUGCCUCACCAGUUCAUCAUCAAGACCUGCGAGCAAAUCAAGGGCAAGAUCCUUCCUUACGCCCGCGGUAUUUCCUGCAUCAAGGGUGUUGAUGUCAACGCCUCUGGCAUUCACCUCUUCUCCGAGACCAUUGGCCGAAUCCUCGGCAUUUACUGUGGUGCUCUUUCCGGUGCCAACAUCGCCAACGAGGUUGCCCUCGAGAAGUGGUCCGAGACCAGUGUGGCUUACGACCCCCCUCACCUGGACUCCAAGGCGCCCACUCCCCAGAUUACCCCCUCUCCCUCCCAGAGCAACUUGGUCGAGUUCCAACACAAGGAUACCUCCGGUCAACUCUCCGAGGUCAAGCUCCAGGCUCUGCCCCCCAACUACCCUCCCGUUGACCACGCUGUGUUGAAGUCCCUCUUCCACCGCCCGUACUUCCACGUGCGCGUUGUCAACGACGUUGCUGGUGUCUCCAUCAGCGGUGCCCUCAAGAACGUUGUCGCCCUGGCCGCUGGCUGGGUCGUCGGCAUGGGCUGGGGUGACAACGCCAAGGCUGCUAUCAUGCGUGUUGGCCUCAUGGAGAUGGUGAAGUUCGGAGACACCUUCUUCAGUGCUACCAUCGACAACCGCACUUUCACCGAUGAGAGUGCCGGUGUGGCCGACCUGAUCACUUCCUCCAGCGGUGGCCGCAACUUCCGCUGUGCCAUGCACAGCGUUGAGCGCAACCUCCCCAUUGAGGAGAUUGAGAAGCAGGAGCUCAAUGGCCAGAAGUUGCAAGGUACCCUCACCGCAUACGAGGUCAACAGCUUCUUGAAGAACCAGGGCAUGGAGGACGAAUUCCCCUUGUUCACAGCUGUCUACCGUGUCUUGGAGGGAACUAUGAAGGUUGAGGAUAUUCCUCAGCACAUUGAGCGGUAA